GUAAGCUCCCUAACCGUUCUCCCAAUUGCUUUCUCUACAUAAACUGCUUAAGGGAAGUACGCUAUGUACAUAAGCCUCUUCACCAAAACAAAACAAAAAAAAAAAACGAAACCAGCGUGAGUAGCAAUCAAUAGAAGCAGCAGCCAGCGUGCUGAUAACCGCCGAGGAAGCACAAAGCUCGUGUAGCUGUGACAUCGCUGCCUACGGGCGCUGCUGACUCACAGCGAGCACCGCCAGCCCCCGGGCACGGAGCAGCGCUCGGACUUCGGCUCCGGGAAGUGCCGGCAGCGCGUUGUUCCCCGCGGGACGCAGCGCUGCUUUACCAGCAAGAGCUGCCGCUCUGCUCCGCCGAGCCGCGUGGGGCUUUUCGCUUCUUUCAUGCGAAGACCCAACUGCAGCCAUGCCGAUGGAAGCGGACUGCCUGAGCCCAGAGGCUCAGAAACUGGCUGAAGCAAGGCUGGCAGCAAAGCGAGCAGCGCGGGCAGAGGCACGGGAGAUCCGGAUGAAGGAACUUGAGCGGCAGCAGAAAGAGGAAGACAGUGAGCGCUAUUCGCGUAGAGCCCGAAGAAAUGCCUCGGCUUCGGAUGAAGAUGAGCGCAUGUCAGUGGGUAGCCGUGGAAGCCUGAGGAUUGAGGAGCGGCCAGAAAAAGAUUUUGAGAAGGGAGCACGUACUGUCUCAAGUCUAUCAGCAGCUACCUUAGCUUCCUUGGGUGGGACUUCUUCACGAAGAGGCAGCGGGGAUACGUCCAUCUCAGCAGAUACAGAGGCAUCUAUUAGAGAAAUAAAGGAUAUCUAUGAGUUAAAGGAGCAGAUUCAAGAUGUAGAAGGCAAAUACAUGCAGGGACUGAAAGAAAUGAAGGACUCUCUAGCUGAAGUUGAAGAGAAGUACAAAAAGGCUAUGGUGUCAAAUGCUCAACUAGACAACGAGAAAACAAAUUUCAUGUACCAAGUAGAUACCCUGAAGGAUGCACUCUUAGAGUUAGAGGAACAGCUCGCGGAAUCCAGGAGGCAGUAUGAAGAGAAGAGUAAAGAAUUUGAGAGAGAGAAGCACGCUCAUAGCAUAUUGCAGUUUCAGUUUAAGGAAAUCAAAGAGGCUUUGAAGCAAAGAGAAGAAAUGCUUGCAAAACAUGGAAUAAUCCCAGACUCUGAGGUAGCCACCAAUGGGGAGGCAUCAGACGUUCUUGAUAAUGAAGGGCACUUGGAUUCUUCCAAAACAGUUCAAGGCACAACGCAGGCAUUAAAGACAGCAGGGGACGGGAUGCUAGGCAAAGCCAAGGAAGUGGACAUGAAAAAUGAGAUUUUGGAGGAUGUGGGGAAAAGAGAAAUCUUGCAGAAUUCUGAGCGUGAGGAACACAAAGAGGAGUCUGAGGAACAGGAAGUACAGACAUUGCAUGCUGAUGAAAAUACAAAGGCAGAAAAAAUGAUUGAAGAAACUGAUGCUCUGUCAACAGUGACGUUACCAGAUAGUAGGUUCACAGAACAAAUUCAAAGCCUUACAGAACCCGUGUCAGGGAAUGCUUCUUCAAAUGAUGAUAGUGAUGCAGGUGAUUUGAGAAAGGAGGCGCAGUCAGCAGACGCAGCAGCCCAGCAGCCUGUUAGCGAGGAGGUUGAACACAGUAACUUAAACCCAAGGACGACUGAGAACUCAGAAAUGGGCUCACUGCAAGGUCAGGGUUUUGAGAGUCCUCAGGAAGCGCACAGUGACUUAGGUGUAGAGCAUGAAGUGGAAAAAGCUGCUCCACAGCAGGAAGAAGGGGAGGAUGUGGAAGCUAGCCAUGCACUGAGUGCUAAUGAGGUGGAGCAAGCAGCAGGCAGUGCAGGUGACAGCGGUGAGACGGUAUCUGGCCUGUCAGGGCUACCAGAGCCUGUGCUAGCAGGCUCACGUAGUGAAGAGGUAAAGGUGGAGGGCCAUGCUGAAACACUCCAGAGCUCGGAAGAAAGUGCUGAAAACAAAGUGACAGAGGUCUUGGAGAAAGCUCUUGUCGAAAGCAAAGACUGCACUGAUGGAAUAGCUGAUGAAACUGGAGGUGAUAGAGCUAGAGAACAAAAUGAGGUUGGGAGUGCAGUUGAGGGUCAGAAAAUGAAAAGAGAUUCCAUGGGCUUAGAAGGGGAGGAGUCAUGUGAAAGUGGUGCCCCAUCAGAUAUAAAUGAAGAGGGAGGAGAUCAGGCACACAUCCAGCCAGUUUCCUCAGAGGAUGGUGAGUUAGCAUUAUUAGAGGAGCAGAAUACACAGGAGCAAACAGAACUUAAACCUGCUGAGAAAGAUGGACAGGAGGCGUGUUCAGAUUCUGUAGAAAAGCAGGAGAAGGCAUCCGGGGAGCCUGUGGGCUCUGCUAACAAGGUAGAAGGAAGUGCACUGCAUCAGACAGAGCCAGACAUGGGCACUGUGAAAGAAAUGGCAUCUCAGGAAACAAGUUUAGACACAGGCUUUUCAGAUGAUGGAAUCGAGGGAACAGAAAUGCAAACAGGAGACGUGUCUGGGAAUGGAGAGGAAAACAGAAUAGAAUGCUUAGAGCGUAAUAGAACAGAAGACUUAAAGCCAGAGGCAGAGCUUCAAACAGUUCAGUGCAGUAAAGAAACAACAGGUGAUACAGAGGAUGAGAAAAAUAGUUCUCUAGAAAGUGAAGCACAGAAUGUAGUCCAACAUGAGGAAGGUGAAUCUAAAGAGGAGUCCAUUGUAUGUCAUAGUGUAACUAGUGAGAACCAAGUAGAUAAAGAAGCACUUAAAGAAAAUAAAAGACAUUCAGAGCUUGCAGACCACCAGGGUGAUGAACUUACUUCUAUGGAAGAUGCAGGUAAUUCUCUUGCACAGAAAGCUGAGCUGGAUGAAAACGUUAGUGAGCAACUUAGACUAGAGGGCCAAGCAGAGGAAGAACAAGAAGACGAUGGUGAUGCAUUUGAUUUUGAUGAGGAUUCAGAACAGACACUGGAAACUGAUGAAAAAUGCGAUGGAGAAGAAGUUGAUGCACAGAGUGAAGAGGAUGACAGAACAAACAGCGUGAUGAGAAAAACUGCCCAAACAGGCGAAGAGGGAGACAGAACUGGCAAAAUAGAAACCAUGGACACCUUGACUGAAGGUGACAGCUUACAGCAUAACAAAGGAAAUGAGUCUGAAGAAACAGGGCGCUUGCAAGAGGAAGCAUCAGCACUGAAAACUGACGAGAAGGCUGAUGUGUUGGCAGGUGAAAACAAAGCAUCAGAUUCUAAUGAAGCGGAAAAGGCACCAGGUGAAAAUGUUCCAGAGCAGGAUUUGGAAAGUGCUGGCUGUAACAGGGCUGAAAGCAAAGAGGAUUUGCGAGGUGGUAGGAAGGGCAAGGGUAAAUCUAAAGAUGACUGUACAAUGUCCUGAGUUCUGAAUGUCAGUCCAUACAAGUUAGAAGCCAUUUGAUCAGGCUCUGUACCGAAGCACGCGCUUUGCACGAUAAAUCAGCCCUUAGGAAUAUAGGAAUACUCUUAAGGAGUUCAUUUUUUCCUUGCAGGUAGAUCUCAUAAUACACUGUUUGGUCAUGUAAGCGGUGAUAAUGCAAAUAUUAGAUGAUUCACUGACGUACCUAGCCACAAAAAAUCAUCCAGAGGUUUGGUUUUGCUGUGUCUCAGGUUAAAUGUGUGUCACCAAACAAAGCAAGCUUCACAAAGGAACUGAUCAGGCUUUUGCACUUAAAGUACUUCUGGUGUUGAUAACUGCUGCUGAGGAGCUUUUGUAUGAAAUUCCUACUUUCUAGCCUGGAAUAAAAGUAGAUUAUCUGAACGUGCUUGUAUGUGCAAUAGGACUACAAUAAGAAUGUUGAUGCUUUGUCAUGAAGGAACUCAGAAGAUCAGCAACACUCAGAUGUAAUGCUAACAUUUGUUGCUGAGCAGUUAAAGCCUAGGAGCCCUUUCCCAUAGCAAAAGAAGAAGAAAAAAAGAUGCCCUCAUUCCACUUUUUGUAUGUAUGUUUCUUAAAAGGACAUAUUCCAAACUAUUGGUAGAUCACUGUGAAUUAAGGCUCAGCUUUGGAGGAACAGUAACACGAUUUGAAGGAAAUGCAACAUGUAGGUUGCUGAAGGGAGCAAACAUGUACGUGUUUACUUCAUCUGGGCACUUUGCACCACAACAGGCCUUUUGCACCAUGUCUCACGUGGGUUUUGUAUUUUUUUCCUAAGAAAGUGUCAGUACACACUGUAACGUGCUUAGGUUUGCUAUCCAAUACUGUACCUAUGAAUAUAUAAAUAUAUUUUUAAAACAAGUGUUUAAUAUUGCAUUCCUUAUUGCAUUAUAUAUAUAUAUAUAUUUUUUGCAAGAAAUAUUAUGAAAGAAUGGUUUUCUUUGAAAAAUUCUUUCUUCCUCUUUUUCUGGAGAGACGGUAACUCAGGAUGUCUUAAUCCUCAUGGAUGUCAGACCAAAGGCUGUUUUUCCACAUAUGAGCCCCCGUGCCUUUUUUUGGAAAGCUGGAUUACCUUGUAUUACUGGCAUCAAUGAGACACUUCAACCCAUUGAUGUAUUUCCACUUGCAUUGUUACAGUGCUUGGCAGGAAGAUGGUGUUUUGCAUAAUUAAUAAUUAGCUGGAGGUUGUAUGAAGUGAUGAACAUGCAAAGGGAAUGCAAGUUGAGGAGCUGGGGGGCUACAGAAGGUUCUAUCUGUUGAUGUUACAAAGUUGACAGAGUUCAAAUAGACUGCAAAAUUACAAGAUGUAUAUCAAAGUGUACUGAGCUGUAUAUAAUUAAAAUAAACAUGUUUUAUACUUCAAAUUGUCUGUCCGGAGCGCUCUUUAUAAACUUGUGUAAAUAUUUGUUUAAAUCCUUCUCACUUCAAAAACCCUUUUCUCGAGCUUUCUUUUUUAAAUACAAGUAUUGCUUUGUGCUACGUAGAUGAUAGAGCUGUCCUGUGAGGAACAGGCGGCCUUUGAGGACGUUCAGUGUUUGAUGAGACCAUAGCUCUGCACUUGUGACAGCACUGUAAGCCUGUAACUCUUUUCAUAUGGCUUCUUUCCAGCUUAGAGCAGCUUCAGUGUGGUUUCUGUAAGUAUUAGCAGUUGUUCUUACUGUUACACUUAAUUCUAAUCUAAAGAGUCACCGUUCUCUAAAGCAUCAUUUCUUAUUAUAUAGCAUUGUGUAAGUAAGAUUUUUUUUCUUUGCCACGCUCAGCUGUAACGUAUGGUUUAAUGUUGAAAGUAUUCUAAAUGCGUGUAUGUUUAAAUGUUACAGUGUUAUAUUUAACUAAAUUCAUGCCAGACUUUGCCUAAACUUGUGGAUGGGUCUAUAAACAACUCUCAUUGAAAUGAGGCACUUGCCAACAUUUCCUCUAUUUUUCAUGAGUUUGUUUCCAACAGGAGUGCUGCUUGAUUGUUGAAGGGGAAUUAAUGGAGACCUAUUUUUAACCAUUUUUUCCACUUCAGAAAAUACGGUGUCCUUAGAGAAGUCCCUCUGUAGAGCUAAGUCAUGGAAAGAGAUGACACCUCCAGCCUUAACUGCCCUUGUGCGUGCUCUCAUCCCACAGCACCUUGCCAAAUCUCAAUGAUACUAGGGCAGGAACAAGAACACGGGGCAGGUGAUGAAGAACAGCUCGGGUAUCAUAAAUCUCCCCAUGAAUGCUGCCUCUUGGAACCUGUGUCGGCAGCUGGUCCUUGCCUUCUGGAAUCGGACAGGUACCAUGAAGAAGGAGGUGAUCUGGGUGUUUCUGGCUCUUUGCUUUUCACUGGAAUCUUCUUUCCUGCUGCAGUGAGCGCUGGUCGCAAUGCGUAGGGCUUUCAUCUCUCAAAAGAACUUCAAACACUCAUUGUGUUCUGUGUUUGAGACCUAGGGGCACGCGUAGCCUGGAGUGCUGGGUUUAUGCGUACUGUGACUUCACAGCUAGCCUCAAGUGCUGUCAAAAGCAGUAGCUGAAAUAACUUUGGUAUUCAGCAGGUAACAGUGAAAGGCCUCAGUCAACAGUCCCUUUGAAAGAGUGGUCCUGCUGUCACCUUCAAAAUCUGUGCUGUAAAGCCAGUGCCUUCUAACUCCAGUGCUUAUCCUCAUGCUUGCUCAUGAACUUCCCUCUUCUGGGGAAGAGUGAAAGGCAUUCUGUUGUUAUAUUCUUCUUAAUUUAAACGAUGUAGUAUAUUGAUGGCUCCAGAGUAGUGGUAUUGUCCAGCCUGUUGUUGGAUCCCUGCAAGCUGAUUGGAAUAGCUGCUUGAAACUGCUGGUGUAUUCUCAGGGGUUGCAGCCUUUGCUGCUUGCCUUCCCAUCCUCCAAGGACAGCUUACCCUUUUCAGCCACACUGCCAUGAAUUACGUGGUAGACCAUGCAAAUCAUUCAAGUUAUCAACAGCUGCAUCCCACUGCACACUAUCCUCAAAGUAGGAAGAGGCACCGGGUAUCUGUGGGUGAUCAGGGGAUAUCAGCUCAGCUUUGCCACUGAAGCAGCACAGUGAGUCAACCACUUUCCCAAAGCGAUGACAAUGGUCGUGUGGCUUCAAGAGCCUGAGCAACAGCAGAAAGCACUGGUAACCACAGAGCUGCCACCAUCCCACCUGUCCUGUUGUCAAAAAGAAUGGCACUGCACCCGGCCUGCUCCUGUCCUUCCGUUAGGCAGGAAUAUUUCACCCCACAGCAGUGGCUGUGCUAAUAAGUUAUUUGAUUCUUUGGAGUCCCUUAAGUUAGGGCUAAUUUCUUCUGCAUCAGUCCUUGUUCUCUUUGCCUACCAUUAGUAAUUCCAUUUCUUUAUCUCUGAUGAGCUCUGGCACCAACGCUUAUCUGAAUAUCUGUGACCUUCCUUUUACUGUUUGCUCUCCUUGCUUUCUUCAUUGGAUUUCAUCUUCCUUCCCUGUCAUCUUUUUACAGGAUGUGUCUUCAGCCUCUUUCCACGUAGGCAGAUGAAACUGUUUUCUUAUUUUACACUUGGUGUUUUUUUUCUCGUUAGUUUACACAAACGUAAAUGUAUUUUUUUGUCUUGUGACAAUGCUCACGUGUAAGAGCACCGGGUGUGUGACAAACAGCUGUGAAAAGGGAUAGGACUUGAGGAGGUUCAAAAGGAAUGCACAGAGCUGCUGUACUGGGGUGUUACGUUGAUAUCUGUAUUUGGGUGUCGCAUCAGAAGUCGAGGUCAAGGUUUGAUUCCAGGCUCUGGAAUCACUGCUGAUACGGGGAACUUGUACAUGCAUUUAUGACCUUUGCAUUUUAACAAUUGAACAGCUAACAGGCAGGACCUUAGAGGUGGAGCUGAGCACACUCACUGCCUUGGUUCUGCACAGUUGACUGCCUGCUGGCAAGGGAGGGAAACUAAAGAAAACUGCAACAAACGUGUGUGUCAAACCUAAAUAACUGCAACAAACAGACAUGUGGAGUAAGACCUAUCUGAGGUCAGUAUAUCCUCUUCUGAUAAGAAUGCUGGUUGGUGAUGUUUGGUGUACUUCUGUUGAGGUGGCUGAACACGCUCAGGCUGUCAAUUAAUGAGGUAGAGUGACUUCAAUUACCGUAAAAACUGAGAGUUAUCAUUUGCUGCAUACAGUACCUGCUAAAAUACUUUCACGUGUUGCAUUACUAGGAAAGAAGAAACAAGUGAUUUGGUUACUCACUGCUGCUUUCCAGUUGUCUCACUGUGUAUCGUGUUCUUUAUUAAACAAUGCCACGCACAUCUGUUUGCUGAUCUGCUGUACUUCCAAGUUCAAGUCACAAGGAGUCUAGAUUGCCUGUUGCCUUCUUGAUGUCUGACUGGGACGAUUGACUGUGAAGGGUUAAAGAGCAAAGAAUGCUUACCAGGCUCUUGAGUUUGAAAUAAAAGUAAUGUCGUGGGUAAAUGUUGUAUUUGUCACAGUACUGAAGAUAACGUGAUGCCAUUUCAUGCUGUUCAGUUUUCCUUUUGAAGUGAGGAUUUUCAGCGCAGAGAAUGUGCAUAGCUAUGAUUAUAGGUGUUUGUGGUGUUUUCAUUGUGCUGAACUGUAAAGAUUUGUGAGAUUUUGUGUUGCAGCUGUUGUGUUUGACCCUAGAGUUCUUGCAUGCUAACCUAACGUAGAAGAUUAGCCUCUUUGCAUGCAGUGGGUGCCGUGACAAGCAUGCUCUGUGGGAAUGACAUAACCUCCCCUGGCUGCAGCCCCUUCCCAGUCCUGUUGUGGCCUCAUUUCCCGUGGUACGUGCGUAACUACCUUCAUUGUUCCCUUCACUAACCUGAACGGGUCCCUCUUGUAUCAGAUAACUCUGAAACGCGUGGCUCACUGAAAUCAGCACUGAGCUUUCAGUUUUCUCUUUCAGAAAGGCUGAAAAAGCUCAUUGGUGAACGAGAGUCCUUACUAGACCAGGU